AAUCCCCCACAGAAAAAUUUAAUACGAAACAAUCAAAAUAUUGAAUCGAAUAUGAUGACGCCACAACUCAUGCAACAGCUGCAGCUAUUGUCUAAUGACCAUCAUAAAUGACGUUACCGAUUUAAAUGGAUUUAUUUGCGCUUUUUUUAUUCCUGGAACCUAUUGGUAUCUAUAAUCAUCGAAUCUUGAAUCGGAUUCAGUUUUUAAACAAUCAUAAGCAUCAGGACAAUAACAUUAGAAAUUAUUGCAUUUAAAACAAAAGUUACUUUUUUAAGUGAAAAAUAAAGUGCAACCAACAGAAUUCACAAUUUUUCAUGAUGAUGAUGGCGUCUGUGAUGGAUUCUAAUUUUAGAAUCGUUCAUAUUCAUUGCGGUCAUGUUCAUUUUUCACUAUAUUCAAAGAUCCUAAUGGUGCAAUUACAUUAUUUUAAUGAAGAAAGUGGCUAUACUAGCAUUCAUCAAUUGAAAAGAAUAAUAGUGUGCCAGAUUCUUCUCUCCACAGGCAUUUUUCAUGUAAUCAUCAUAAUUAUAAAAUACACAAACUCAAACAAUGGAUGAAUCGUUGAAAGAAGAUCAAUCUCAUAGCCAUAAUAAUAUCGAUGAUAUCGAAAUGAUUUCUCUUUCCGAUGAAAAUCUAGCUGAUAUGCUUAUCACAAAGUAUGAUUAUUUGGAUUCAUGUAUUGCGAAUGAAAAAUUUGAUGCACAACUAUGUAGUAAUCUAGUGCUGUUGUUGAAAUUCAUUCUGGAGAAUGGUCAUCAUAUGGAUGAUGAUGCUAAUCAUCGAGAACAAAUGAACAUGUUUUUCACUUUAUUCCGUAACAUACUCCGUAAUCAUUUGAAAUGUUUACCAGAUUCAAUUAAUUUGCUUAUCCUAAGAUUGAUUGAAAUUCGUGCAAGUAAAUGGAAAAUUAAAUCAAGUAUCGAAGAAUACUAUAUGAAAAAAGUGGACAAACUUCAAUCGAACAAUAAUAUGUUCAGACCAAAUAAUUAUCGUUCGUAUAAUGAAAAAUCAUCUGGCUAUUCAAAUAUUCGUAUCUCAAAAUCAUAUAGCGAUGUAAUCAAUGCUAACAACAAUGCUGAUGGUUCCCCACCAAAAAAUUCAAAAUUAUUGAAAAUGAAUGCCAAAGGAGUGUAUAAGGAUGAAGUGUCUAUAAAAAAUUCCGAUUCAGGAAAAGUAAUGGGCAUUAAAGGGCGUAGAAUUCAUAUGAUUGAAGAGAUGAGUGAUACAAUAAUCUCUUUCCAGAAAGUAUCACCAACUGCAAAAGAACGUCUAGUACUGAUAUCUGGAUAUAAUCGUGAAAGUAUUGAGAAAGCAAAAAAUCUAAUCGAUGUCACCAUUCGACAAAACAUUUCACCAAUACCAUUCGAAUCUCAUGAAACAUCAAAUUUUAAUGUGACAUUGUCAUCGAUAAAAACGACUGCUGAUCCAAUCGAAGAAGCCCAAUUUUUAUAUUGUUCAUCAUCAAAUGAACUAAACAUUGAAAAUUCAAAGAAAAAUUCAUCCAACUCAAAUAAUAGUGGCAAAAAUAAUGCUUCCUCUGAUACGACGGAUAUCUUUUCAUAUUCAUUUUCAUUCAACUUUAAUAACAAAAAUAUUCAAAUCAAAAUUUCCGAUUCAAUCAUUGGAAAAAAAUUGGAACAUUUUUUGAACAAAUUCAAUUUUAUUAAUUUUCUCAUUAAUGAAAAUUUUGAUAAUCAUGACAAAGAAAUUUCAAAAUCAUCUUGUGAUCAGAAAAAAACAAUUAUUACUUAUGAUCGCGAUUUUUUGAUGAGCCUUCGUGAAUCCCAUAUGAAUUUUGACGAUUCUCGUUUGAUGAAUGAUAUAAAGGAGAAACAAGCAUCUCUUUUACGUUGA